AUGAGGACGAAUCCCAGGAAACGAAGCCAGGAAUUCUGGUGUAAAUUCCACAAUGAUCAUGGUCACAUAAUAGCAGAUUCCAGGCUCUUACAAGGAGAGGUUGAAUAUUUACUGAAAAAAGGUUAUCUCACUGACCUAUUUAUUGAAAAAGGAAAAUCGUUUUUUAUGAAAAAUAGGCAAGAACCACCAAAACUCCCAUCGCCAAAGAGGACGGUGAAUUUAAUAACUGGGGCUGAAGAGGUCAACGGAGUAAUGUACACAGCAGGGAAAAGGACAAUCAAGAUCUCAGUUACCCACAGGAAGCGGGUUCGUCAAGUUCUGGAAGGAAACAACAUAACCUUUGACGAAGAAGAUGCGGACGGUUUGAUCAUCCCUCAUAACGAUGCUCUAGUAAUAUCUUUACUUAUUUAUGAUACUAAUGUCAAACGAGUUUUGAUUGAUCCAGGAAAAACUAUGUUAGCAACAUUCGCAGAGGGUACUGUCAAAGAUACCAAGUUUCAAGUUGUGGAUAUACACAUGGCUUAUAAUAUAAUUUUAGGAAGGCCGUUGAUUCAUGACAUGGAUGCAGUACCGUCAACAUUGCAUCAGAUAAUCAAAUUUUCAUCACAGUGA